GGUUGUUAUUGAAAUAGUCAUCACUGGUGUACGUUGAUAAAUAUAAAAUAGUUUCACCAGACCGUCAAGCGGACGAGAACGACGAGGUUGUGCCUCGAAACCAAGGAUUCAAUUCAAACCCUCUGCCCAUCACAACAUCAACAUCAACACCACCAUCAUCCACUCCUCAUGACGGACUCUGCGAAAAUGGCACCAGAACCACUAGUCACUCACAUCUACACAGCCGACCCCUCGGCCCACGUCUUCGAGGGCAAGAUAUACGUAUAUCCAUCUCACGACCGAGAAAACGACAUUGGAUUCAACGACAACGGCGACCAAUAUGACAUGGUCGACUACCACGUAUUAUCCUUAUCCGAGAUUGGCGGCGCCGUGACCGACCACGGCGUGGCACUAACCGCUGCCGACGUGCCAUGGGUGUCGAAACAACUAUGGGCGCCCGACGCAGCCUUCAUCGACGGGAAAUACCUGUUAUAUUUCCCUGCCCGCGACAAGGAAGGCAUCUUCCGAAUCGGAGUUGCCGUGAGCACCGACGGCCCCGCCGGACCGUUUGUCGCAGACCCAGAACCCAUUCCCGGAAGUUUUUCCAUCGAUCCGGCUAGUUUCGUCGACGAUGAUGGCCAGGCUUAUCUCUAUUUCGGCGGGAUCUGGGGCGGCCAGUUGCAAUGCUGGGUGGAUGGGAAGUUCGACGAUUCCAUGUCUGGACCGCAGGAACCAAAGGGGAGUGAUGUUCCCGCAUUGUUGCCUCGUGUGGCUAAACUGUCUGCCGAUGGACACACCUUUGCCGACGAGGUCCGAGAAGUUCAGAUUCUAGAUGAGAGUGGGAACCUCCUGGUUGCAGAUGACCACGAUCGUCGGUUCUUCGAGGCGGCUUGGGUCCAUAAGUACAAUGGAAAGUACUAUUUCAGCUACUCGACUGGCGACUCUCACUUUCUGGCCUAUGGGAUUGGAGAUAGCCCGUUGGGCCCUUUCACUUAUGCUGGCCGCUUCCUUGAGCCGGUUGUUGGUUGGACUACUCAUCAUUCGAUCGUUGAGUUUCAGGGCAAAUGGUAUUUGUUUUACCAUGACUGUGAGCUGAGCAAGGGCGUCAGUCAUUUGCGCUCUGUCAAGGUUCGGGAAAUUGUGUAUGACGAUCAAGGCAAGAUCAGUUUGGCCGAGAAGCAAUAGUUUGGUGGGAUAUGACCAACUCAAUGUUCGCCAAUGGCCUUACACCAGCGCCUAAUGAAGCGAUAGCGUUUCUAGGCUGAAUCUACACUGG